AUGGAGGAGUCCAUUGAAGCACGUGUAUUUAUUCCUGGUGUUGCAGAAGGGAAUCUCAUUGGGAGCAAUGUCGCCCUCAGCUUCUGGGGAGGCGUAGACCCCCAGACUGGCACAGUCAUCGACACUCAUCACCCGCUCGUGGGCAAAUCGGUGGCCGGCAAAGUCUUAGCGAUUCCAAGUGGCCGAGGCUCUUGUACGGGUAGUGGAGUCAUUCUUGAGCUUCUGCUGAAUGGCAGUCAGCCUUCUGCAUUGAUCUUUGCUCGAGAGGAAAUGAUUCUGACCAUUGGCGUGCUUAUCGCGGAAGAGAUGUUUCAGAGGUGCAUCCCAGUCCUGCAGGUCUCCAGCUCAUCUUUUCAGAAGUUAUUGCAGUUAAAGUAUGUCAGAAUAUCUGGAACUCAAAUAUCUGGAGGAAAGAAGCUAUCCGACUCCAUGUCAUCCAGCUCUUUAUUCGGUUCAACUCUUUACCAGCCCGAUUUCUCUGCAAUCCAACUAUCCCCUUUGGACCGUGAACUACUCGACGGAUCUUACGGGAAGGCAGCGCAGGUCGCAAUGCGAGUCAUUCUCCGUACAGCGAAUAUACAAGGCGUGACGGAAUUGAUCGAUGUCAAACAAGCCCACAUCGACUGCUGUAUCUACACCGGCCCAGCAACAUUGGAGUUCGCCCAGACACUCUGUCGAUGGGGAGCUAAAGUGCGGAUCCCCACGUCCCUCAACUCGAUUUCCAUUGAUAGGAGACUAUGGCGCUCGCAGGGAGUUGAUCCCUCAUUGGGCGAGCCCUCUGAGAAACUGGCCCAGGCUUAUCUUGAGAUGGGAGCUCGACCAACAUUUACAUGUGCUCCCUAUCUUUUAGAUACCGCGCCAAAACCCGGUGAUAAUAUUAUGUGGGCCGAGUCUAAUGCGGUGGUAUUUGCCAACAGCGUCCUCGGAGCGAGGACGAUAAAGUGCCCAGAUUAUCUGGACGUCUGCGUUGCCUUAACUGGGCGGUCUUUGAAUACCGGGUGUCACUUGACGGAGAACCGUAAGGCUCGACUUGAGAUUCACUUGGAUCUUGCUGUCGACGCUGAGGACUCUCUAUUUGCACUUCUGGGAUACCUUGCAGGGGAUAUUGCUGCUGAUUCCGUACCGAUCAUCACGGGGUUGGAAAAGAAGCUUGUUUCUACGGAGGACUUGAAAGCCUUUGGCGCUGCAUUCGCGACAACCUCCAGUGCUCCAAUGUUCCAUAUUGCGGGGGUUACCAUCGAAGCUCGAAGUACAGAGGAUAUCGAGGCCCAUCUGAAAGUCACGACAAAAGUCACAUUAUCACGAUCCGACCUUGCAAAGCAAUGGGAGCGAUUCAACGUCUACGCAGAGGGAGAGCAAUGCACUCAGAUAGACUUGGUCUCCCUCGGAAACCCACACUUCUCAUAUGAGGAGCUCGUGACCUUGGCGCACCUUUGCUCUCAACGUGAGAAGAGCGAACAUACCGUCCUAGUAGUAACUUGCAACCGCGACACCUACAGUCGAGCUGCUAAGGAUGGAUUAAUCACUACACUCGAGGCAUUCGGAGCUCAAAUUGUAACCGAUACCUGUUGGUGCAUGAUGCAAGAGCCAAUCAUCCCAUUGGAUUCUAAAACUAUAAUGACCAACUCUGCAAAGUAUGCUCAUUACGGGAAAGGGCUGACGGGCCGGCAGAUUCGGUUCGGGGGUUGGCACAGUGCGUGGAGGCUGCUUGCUCGGGACGGGUGA